AUGGUAUCAGACCCAAGAAAGGGUAAACUAAAGUUUAGCAUCAAUGAUGAGUUAAUCGUUGUACAAUGGUUCGUUAGAGAUCAAGCUGAGCCUGAAGAUGAGUUCUUCUUGGUGCCUGGUGAGUUAGAGUUCAAGAAGAUCAAGCAAUGUGUCGAUGGCAGAAUGUAUUAUCUCAAUUUCAGUACAUCAGAUAAGAAGGAGUUCUAUUGGUUGCAAGAGGAGAAUCCAGAUGACGAUGCAAAGAUUGAAGAUGCAAUUAGAGCCAUUGGUCUAUACAAUCCAAAUGUCUAA